AUGGGUCACGCGGCACAGACACCGGUUUCUGACUUUUCCGAGGCCUCAUCGUUUUGCUGUGGCGGCGGUGGACCUAGGAAGCGUGUCCGCACCGAAAGCACUGGCAGUACCUUGAGCACACACGCAGAGUCUGCAGCACAAGCAGUCUGCAGACCAACCCACGGCAACCCACCCCCACCCACCAUCCCCAUAUCCAACCCCACGGUGCAGACGAACUACCCCAAGAAGCGCGUGUCGGUAGCCUGCGAGGUGUGCCGAACACGCAAGACGCGCUGCGAUGCCGGCCGGCCAGCGUGCUCGUUCUGUGCGCAGAUCGGGGCCCAGUGCAUCUACCGGACGGUCGAACCUCCCGAGGAGAAGAGGGCUGCAGCCGCAACGCGGAGAGACGUGAAUGUGAGUGGCCAUACCGCUGCGGCAGCAGACACCGGCGAAGUGCUUUCGCGUCUGCACCGCAUCGAGGGUCUGCUGAACGAGAUCCAUAAUCGACAAGAGGACAGCAUCCAAGCCGCCGUGCACGUGCAGGCAUCGACAAGUCCGUCAGCACGGAUCGUUCCCCAGUCGACAGACACGGCCGCCACUGUCGUGACCACAGCUGACACCACCUAUUCCCCCUCCUACGAUCAUGUGCCUCGCCUGCCGCUGCGGACCCAGCCCCGUGUCGGGAGCCUUUCCUUUGAGGGCAUUGCACGCCUCGAUGGCCACCCAUGCCCGCCAGCCUUGAUUCCCAUGGCGCGCAUCGGCAGCGACGAUGACAUUGAGACUGAGUUUCUGCAGGGCGAGGCGCUGAUGGCAGGACCAGCGUCACCGUCGGCUGAUGGGAGUGGAAACAGCGACGCCGGCACCGACGCCGACUUCGACAUGCGCAACCUGCCAGCAUGGUUGAAUGUCACCCCGCGGCGGUGCUGGCAACUCCAGCAGAUCUUCUACCGGGACGUGCUGCCAUGGUGUCCCAUCAUCGAUCAACAGGUAUGCUCGGCGAUGGUGACACGGACGGUCGAAUCGCGCUUCCACCCGGACCACGUGGAUACCAGUCUGACAUUGCUGGUGCUGGCGCUGGGAGCAUUUGCCGAGGGCCAUCAGCACAGGGAAGACGACGCGCGGGUGUUUCCCGGUCGGGCCUACUUUCGGGCAGCAUGUGCCCUCGUCGACAGCCCACGGCAAGCCGCAUUCCGCAACACGGUGGCGCAUGUGCAGUGCCAUAUUAUGAUGGCGUUCUACUUGCUGUAUGCGAUCCGGCCCAUACAGGCGUUUGAACUCAUUCGACGGGCCUCUGAAAAGGUGAUUCUAUUGUUGCAGCGGCCACGACGAAGCAGCCACCCCGUUGCGGGCAUGCUCGACACACUCCCGGACACCACAGCCGACCCCAGUUACCAGGCACUCUGCCGCAGCUAUUGGGCCUGCUAUCUAAUCGAACACGAGCUACAGGCGUAUGUGUCAUACAGCGCCAAUUUGUUGCGAGACUUUGAGGACGUGGUGCCGCUCCCGAUGAGCGACUAUGAGGAGCCCGGCAUCUACUGGUUUUUGUCCGAGAUUGCUUUGCGGCGGAUCUUUGCCAGACAACGGGGCGGCCGUGGGUGGAACGGACAUACGCUGUUUGAGCCUGUAGUGGCCGGCGAGAUUGCGCUGCAGAUGGCACAGUGGCACAGCAACCUGCCGGCACCAGUUAAGUUUGACCUGGACGAAGUAGCGAGUUCAGAGGCGACGGGCCACGGCAACACGCCUCUUGGGACAGGCACUGGAUCUGGAAUGGGACUGGGAAUGGGGCUGGGAAUGGGACCGGGCGUGGACACGAUGGAUGUGCGGCCGCUGCUCGACCCGAUCAAGGUGUUUCUGCGGGCGCAGUACUACGCAGUGCACGCGGCCCUGUACUGGCAGUACGUGGUGCAGAUGCUGUCCCAGCAGCAGCACGGACAGAGCGACCAGCGGACAGUGGAAGCGGCGGCACUGUCACUGCGGUACUCGGUGGUGCACGUUUUUGCGGUCGAGUCGCUGCUCCAGGGGCGGCAUUUGUUGCUGGUGCCAAACUUGGUAGGGCUCUUGUGCAACGCAUGCUUUUUGCUGUGCUCGUAUGCAGAGCCGGGUCUCGAAGCCAUCCAGCACCCGCGGGCGCGCGAGGCGAUUGUGAUGGCGGUCCGGUGCAUCCAGGCUUGGCAGGCAAACCCGGUGGUGCAGACGUAUGUGACCAAGGUGGAACAGUUAAUGGCAUUAAAAGGAAUUGCGUUGGCGUGA